GAAGUGGAGGCCGUGGUGCCCUUGGCAACCGAAAGGAGUCACGUGACGGCCCCGGCUGGAGGGGAGACUGGAGCGAGCUGUUUUUUCUUCACUGAGCUCCAGCUUCCUUUGGUGCCAGGAUGUCGGGCAAGGAUCGGAUCGAGAUCUUCCCUUCGCGGAUGGCUCAGACCAUCAUGAAAGCACGUUUGAAAGGAGCCCAGACAGGCCGCAACCUCCUGAAGAAAAAAUCUGAUGCUUUGACUUUACGAUUCCGGCAGAUUCUGAAGAAAAUUAUUGAGACAAAGAUGUUAAUGGGCGAGGUGAUGAGAGAAGCGGCUUUUUCACUUGCAGAGGCAAAGUUCACAGCUGGAGACUUCAGUACUACUGUGAUUCAGAAUGUAAACAAAGCUCAAGUCAAGAUCAGAGCAAAGAAAGAUAAUGUAGCAGGUGUGACCCUGCCAGUUUUUGAGCACUAUCAAGAAGGAGGGGACAGUUAUGAGCUGACUGGUUUAGCCAGAGGUGGAGAGCAGUUGGCCAAACUGAAAAGGAACUAUGCCAAAGCAGUAGAACUCCUUGUAGAACUGGCAUCACUUCAGACUUCCUUUGUUACACUGGAUGAAGCUAUCAAAAUAACAAAUAGGCGUGUAAAUGCUAUUGAGCAUGUGAUUAUUCCCAGGAUUGAACGUACAUUGUCUUAUAUCAUAACAGAGUUGGAUGAACGAGAGAGAGAAGAGUUCUACAGAUUAAAGAAGAUCCAAGAGAAGAAGAAAAUAAUAAAAGAGAAGAAUGAAAAACUGCAAGCAGCACGGAGAGCUGCUGGAGAGGAUAUCCGAGAACCUGCCAAUUUGCUUGUAGAAGAUAAAGAUGAGGAUCUUCUGUUUGAAUAGCUAUAUGUAACAGAGCACUGAGAAUAAGGUAUUGUUCUGAAUACACCGUGGCCGUUAUUUAUGUCGUGGCUCUUCAUUUGUAUUUGCCUGAACUCUCCACUCAGUUAUUUGGGAAUUUUUUUCUGUUAUGCAAAGCGGCUAAUUUUCAGUAGUUAAACAUAUGCAUGAAGCAGAACCACUAGCUGUUUUAUUCCCCACAGAAAAAUUGGAAAGCUUGGCAUCUUCUAUUCAGCUUUACUGAAUUUCCCUUCUUGCAUACUAUCCAAUUGUUGUGAGCAAAAAAAUGUUUUAACCUGCUUCAUGUUUAGAGGUGAAAGCUAUUGUAAUAUGUUUGGAAAUUUUGAAAUCAUUUCCACUUUCUUCAACUUGCUGAAAACAAAUCCGUAUUCGUAUUUUCAAUGUAGUUUGCCUCCCUCCUUCCCAAAGAACAAUUUUUUAUUUUGAUUGAAUCUGCCAAUUCAUUUGUGCUGUAAAUCAUUAAAAAGUUUAAAUUUG